AUGGUCUCUAUCGACCUGGACAACAUCAUCCAUUACCACCCUUCCCCCAUCCCGAAGCCCCCUUACAAUCCACCACAUUUGGCUACUUUUUCUCAUGUUCCUUCUCACCUUCCUUCAAACCAGCCCGUCCUGAUCCAUCCCCUACCUCCGCGACCCCAGUGCCUUUCUCAUGAGCCCUCGCAAACAAGUCGUGCUUGUCGACAGAGUCCCUCCCCUGCUGCUUCAUUUUUGAUUCCCGAUCGCGACGCCCAUCCGAACGAGUUUGAUAUGGAAUUGGCGAACUUGGAAAUGGCCGAAUUUGAGAGCCAGGAGACUCCAGGACCAUGCCUUGGAGGCAGCGAGGAGAGUCAAUCAAAGAAUAUCAACGACACCCAAAGCAAGGAACUGCAUGAUCAACACCGUGGCUCCCACAGCGACGAUCGUUUUACGGACGAUCUAAGGGUCCUCUCAGAGGACCCUGCUACGCCGCAAGAUACUGCGGCCUCAUCAGAUUCUGCCGAGACAGACCUUUCAUCAGCAGCCAAUGCACCCGCUUGUCCUGUGGGAGCUGAUGGUUCCGUUUCACCGAACGAACCUGAAACCCAGCUUUCCACUUUUGGCUGCGAGACAGUGGUCAACAGCCUGGCGGCCGGUAAUGCCUCAAGUGAUCAGGCGCCAUCGCCUAAUCCCAGCAUACCUGUUCCAGCUAGAGAUGAACCAGAGCCUGCGAAUCAGCAGUCCUUUAGGAGUUCUGAAACUGGCGCAGAAUCCAGAAAAUUAACUCCUCUGCCUGUCACGGAGGCGCAUCCCAUCCAGUUGCACGCAAGGAACCUUUCAGCAACUCGCGGUAGCCACGUGGAUGUGCGGCGUGAUGGCAACGGCAUCCGUUCAACAGAUUGGUAUCCUGACGACGAAGCGUUAUCAAGCCCUAUCUCGCCUGAGCUGCAACAGAAAAAGCAGGCAACUUCCGGAUCAGAGGCAAAAGGUUCACCAAGAGAUUUAUCUAGAUCGUGCUCCGUAUCGGUUGUUGUACCUAUAACCCGGUCCCGCGGACUACCAUUAACAAGGUCCACUAGAGCCAGCUCAACACGCUGCACAGGGAAGAGGAAGAGUCGAGCAAAGACCCCUUGCAAUGUUGACAGCGAUGAUCCCGAUGAUAGUGACUAUACGGAUGGGAACGAUUCUGGUGUUGGUGACAUCGACGCAUUGCCACGUCUACAGAAGAGGCAGAGACGAACUGCUGCAGCGAAGAUCCAGCCCGCUCAGGCUCGACGUGGAAGCCCGUAUCGCCUGUUUUCCUUGCCGGCACCAGAAGAGGAAAUUGCAAAUUCGUGUCCCGACACAAGUUUUCAGGACAUGCAAACCAUUCCGAUCAGAGGUUUUCUCACGCGGGAAACCUUUCUAUCAAGAGUCAUCUACUCGUGUACCUUUGAGGAGGAUAGGCAGCCUUCUUGCCCGCAUAAACAAACAAAAGCUCGCGCAUACGAAGAAAGCUUAGACAAGACAGGGCACACCACACAUCCUAGCAACAAAAAGGCAUCAACGCGUGCCACUCGUUUCCUGCCCGAUGAGGACGAACUGUUGAUUGAAUUGAAGGAAAAGCGAAACCUCCCAUGGAGUCGGAUCGUGAAGCAUUUUCCAGGGAGGACGAAGGGUGCUCUUCAGGUUCGCUAUAGUACGAAGCUGAAGAACCGAGGAACUGGAGGUUACAGGCGAGGUCGGAGCGGAAGGAUUACACGUUCUGCAACUACGGCUGUGGCAUGA